CCUCACGCCUGCGCACAAACGGCUGGCAAUUCCUCAAAUAAACGUCUCGCGUGAAACCAAUGGUAAAACUGUAGCAAAACAUCGCGUGCAAAUGCCAGAGUUUGUUGGAAGUUGGAUAAUCGAUGCUGGAAGCUACGUUGAGAAGUGCUGCGGGUUCUGCCCGCUUGGUGAUACUGUAGUGGUACUGCACUGAAGGGUGACAUGUUGGUUGGUGGGUGUCCCCUGGUCGCUUGUGGGAGGAAGCUCUUGUGGCGGCCACUGUCAGCUGCGGCCAGUGAUCCUGAGCUUUUGGCACUGUGCAACAGCUUCCCUGCACUUCUUGGCCGCAGAACGGGUCAGCCUGAGGACCUCUUCCAUGUGCAUACUGCUGCCCUGGAGAUGCUGGAGGAGCAGCUGGCCCACUGGCCUGGUGGCUGCCCACCGCUGGUGUUGGAGGCCAACGCAGGGCCUGGCUUGCUGAGCCGACAUCUGAUUGAAGGGGGCCGCUUGGCAUCACACCUGCGCCUGUUCGAGCACCGCGAAUGCUUCCUGCCACAGCUCAGGGCUCAAGUGUCAGCCUGGCCAACACGCUUGGAGCUGGUGGAGGCUGACCUGCUGCGCAUGCACAAUCGUGAGGAGCAACUACUGGCCGGCAUCACACCACGCCCCUGGACACAUGCACCAGAAGCGGUGCUGGUGGCAAGCUUGUCCCGUGUGCGUGAGGUGGGCUUCCUGCGCUAUGUGCUGCACCAGCUGCCCAUGGGUACCUCCCUGUUUGCCCUGGGGCGCCUCGCCUUCCUACUGUUCCUCAGCCACACCGAGGCAGCUCACAUCACGGCAGCCCGAGGCAGCAACUUCAGGCACUAUCGGGAUGUGAGCAUCCUUUACCAGCUCUUCUUCCACGUUGAUGUACUUGGCCAGGUAUCACGUGAUUAUUUCCUGCCGCCCCGUGGAGCAAAAGCUCAGGCUCCAUUGCAGUUGGUGCGGUUAGUGCCACGCAGCGACCUCUGGGAUUUGGCGGGCAGCCCGGAGCGCCUGCACGAGUUGGUGUUCUUUGUACGCCAGAACAUGGUGCGGCGCACCGCGUACGUGCUGCCAUGUCUCGAGAAAUGGAUCCCGGGCUGUGGGCCGCGGCUGCUCCGUGCGGGCGCCACGCGGGUCUUCGAGCGCAUGGGGGACUUGAGCCCCGAGCGCAUGCUCCGGCUUUUCCAGCUCUUCUCGGCACUGCCCGAGUACUCCCAGUCGGCGUUCGCCGCUGCCGCAGCGAGAGAGGGCUCCUGACGCGUGCUCGAAUUAUGCAUCCAUAUUUACAUUGCCUAAACGCGCUGAAGCAACUGAGUACAACGUUUGACGUGCUUGACUCUGACAGCGUAGACCAAGAGAUCGACACGCUGUUGCACCAAGUUGGAGUCUCGUUCGUAUCGACCGAAAAAGGAUUCUUAAGUAUUACGUCGGUCGCUGCUACGAGUUUGAAUUUAGGAGACUGUUUCGUCUUUCCAGGAAUACCUUCGAAAGCUUCGCGAGAAGGUUUCAAAGUUGAAUUUUUUAUGCGACGCUCGGCGGAGGAUGCCGACAAGUUCCAGCCAGCAGGGAAGAGAUGCCUAAAGCGCUUACCUAUUUUGGUUCUCAAAAUAGCAUGUACAAAAUCGCCGACACGUUUUACGUGUCUGAACCAUUCGUCUCAUUUUGUCUGAGCAGGGUGCUGGACUUCUUGUCCAGCAUAAGCUCUGAUGUCAUAUCAUGGCCCAUGGCAGCAGAGCGCGAAGCAUGCAAAGCACCUUUCUUGUCAUGGAGUCAAGGCAAGGGUUCUAGUAAUUCAGUUGGAUGUUUGGACGGAAGUCAUACGGAAAUCUUGAAACCAAAGGAGUCGUGAUCGUCGUACUUCAAUCGAAAAAAAUUUCCUUAUGUGAUACUGCAAGGCAUUUGCGAUGCAAGGAGCCGCUUCAUUGAUAUGUUUGUGGGCUUUUUGCCGUCGGCCCAGGACGACCGUGUCUUGAGGCACAGCCCCUUUUCUAAGGAUGCUGAAGUAAAGUGCGAUGGGGAUUACAAUCUUGACGAUGCAGCUUAUCUGCUGCUGCUUUGGUUGUUGGUCCCUUACAAAGAUUCUGGGGCUUCAACAGAUGGCACAGCCAGCAAAGGGUGGCCAUCGAACAUGCCUUUGGUAUCUUAAAACAGAGAUUCCGAAGGCUGUACUUCAUAGAGCAUGUGUGCUGCAGAACAUAUGAUGUGAAAGCGUAGAUGACAGUGAAAUUUCGGACAGCUACAUCGGCGGUACAACAAACAACUAGGACGAUUUUGCCAUCGCGAACAGCACCGCCAUCUGCGAGGCAUGCGAGAAACGAAUAAAAACAAUUGCAGAGGUA